GGCCCCCACUGAAGUCAGAGGGGUUUCUAUGCAACAGAAGGAGCGCAAUAAACUAUUUUUGGUGGAUGGGAAGGGUAUCUGCAUUGGCUUGAACCCUCUUCUUGUCAGCUCCUUCUCGGAACAGUGGCCUUCACUGUCCCGAUAUAACUGAGUCCAUUUAUUGCGUUUCCAGCCCAUUUCUCUCCUCAUCGCUCAACAGUCUAUUCGGUGUCUGCAGCCUAGGUUUCAGACAUCAUGGUAGACUCAAUGUUAAUGCUGCACGCCAAAGUCUCCAAAGGUGCCUUUCUGGGUGUACUCUGGGCUUUUACGGCCACUGACACUAUCUUUGUCCUCUUUCGCAUAUUUGUCCGGAUUGCCUUCUUCCGUCGCCUCUUUGUCGAUGAUUUCUUCGUGCUACUCGCAUGGGCUAUUAUGCUGACAAACGCGAUCAUCUGGCAAAUCCAGGGGCAGGUGCUUUACAAGUUGUAUGCGAUCAGCGCUGGCCAGGAAUCAUAUACCCCGGCCGUUCUACCUAUGUUUGAAUCAUUCAUGCGAUAUAUCGCUCCUAUGACUAUCAUGUUUUACUCGGGCCUGUGGGCCAUCAAGUUCUCAUUUAUGUCCUUUUUCUUCCGCCUUGAUUCCAAGGUCAAGAGCCAUCGUGUCUGGUGGUACGUCGUUCUCGUGGUCAUCGGAGGCGUCUAUGUUGCGUCCGUGGCCGACGUCGACUACAGAUGUAGUCUAGGUGGAAUAGAGUUUAUCAUCACCAAAUGCAGCGACCUCGAUCAUGUCCAUUACCAGAACCGUACAUUCUGGGCCAACUGUGUCGGAGAUAUUGUCACAGAUAUCUUGAUCCUCUCAAUCCCUAUUCUCAUUCUAUGGAAUACCUGCAUCUCGCUUCAUAAGAAGGUAAUUCUUUUCAGCAUUUUCUCGGCGACCAUCCUUGUGAUGGCUGUGGCCAUUAUCCGGGUGGUCGUCAACAAUUCUCUAAACAGCAGUGUGGAUAUCGGCUGGUUGUACUUCUGGAGUUUCGUGGAGAUGGGUACCGGGAUCAUCAUUGCGUGUAUCGCUUCAUUCAGGCAGCUUUUUGUCAGCUCACAGAACCAGCAUCUAUUUGGCAAGGUCAAACAUACACCACAGAACCCGCUGUUGGGUGUACCGAGCAAGAAAUAUGGCCUGUCGCGGGAACCCUCUGACACCGAGUCACAGACAAGUGACGCGGCGAUUGUGCCGAUGGAUUCUGUGCACGUUCGUAGUGACUUUGAGGUAGUUACUUCAUCUAAAAGGUGAAAUAUGAUACCACUAUGGCUAGAUAAUUGGGAACGGUCUGCUG